AUGCCAGCACGAAUUAACCAGGAAGAAUCAGCUUGGUUUUAUCAUACACCUUUCGAGAGUUCUAAAUCCGACAAGCCCGCAUCCAAGCCGCUAAUGUCUCAAAUACCUGGAAUAAACGGUUGUCAUGAUGACACUGCAUCCGGAUCGACCAGGCCAUACUAUAAAGACACAGACACAAAAUACGUCCGUCUGGCAAAGCAAGGUGGUAGAAGAGAUCUACUGAACUAUCAAGAAUUUGACAAACGUCAAGAUGCAGUUGCCUAUCCUAGAGUCAACUGGUUUUAUUUGGAAGACAAUGCCCUAGAAGAUGCUAAAAAGAAAAAAGAAGUGAACUGGAAAUUUGGUGUUCCUGAAUACAUGACACAAAACCUUCCGCGUAAUCGAGACUCAGGUGAUCAAAAAGAUGAGCUACAGCAGUUAGAAUCGUUAAGGAUGGACGUCCAUGAAAAAACCAUGGCUGCCUCAGCACAUGAUCCCCACUCAGCGAAAGAUUUGCCCAAUCCGUCCAUCAAUCAAAAGAUGGCCACAGAACGCGAAACUGAACCGGUGUCUUCCAACAAGGCAGGGAAAAGGCCUGAUAAUAAAAAUGAUUGCAGUUCAUUGAAUUAUAAGAUCGAAAGAGUUAAAGCUGUCGUCCCCGAACCAGAGUUUAAAAAUCCGAUUACACAGAAAGAAUCUUAUAAUUCAAAAGCAGCAGGUUACCACAGGAAGCAAUCAAGUAAUGAAGUAUCAAUGUCUAAACUGUUGUCUCACAGUUAUGCCAAGGAGUGGCAUGAGCAGCUCAAAGACAUGCAGACGAGCUCUAAAAGAGUCCUUUCCCAUGCUGCCCAAGAACGUAACAAUCAGACUGAAAACAGCAGAGACCAAUACACUAACAGGGAAAUGUCAGGUGGUGAAGAAAGCAAAGAAAAGUUACAUGUUAAAGAUAAUAGACGUUCGAUGGAUGAAGUGGAAACAUCCAGAGUGGAUGCAUCCUCGGAAAUAUUGGAAACAUGCAAUAACGAAGUGUCCCAGAACUUAGAGGACCCAAGGAAUGCUGCAGUGUAUAAAUAG